CUGAGGUUAGGUAGCGCUGCUCCGCCUCCUCCAACUGGCAGCUGUUGUAGCUAGUAGCGAGCAAAUGUUAAUUUGGAUAUACACAUUGAAUGAAAGUCAAAGUGAAGAGCUGCAACAGAGAAUAUUUGCACAUAGUUAUCUUACACUGUAGGUUGUAGAAGCCUGGUCAGACUGCGCCAAAAGAAAUUCUAUUGAUACACAUUGACAAAAGAUUGGUUGAAGGAAUUUGUGGAAGGAGCAGACUGUGCGGCGAAAGGCAAUGCAGCGGGUCACGGCGCAACUCGUCGCCGGUCUGGUCGCAGCGGUGCUGACGCUGCUGUCCGAGCAGUGUUGGGCGGACGGCGGGGGCCCAAGCCUCUCAGAACGGGUUAUAUGGGCUGUAAAUUCUGGUGGUGAAACACAUGUAGACGUACAUGGUAUUCACUUCAAAAAAGACCCUUUGGAAGGGAAAAUCGGCAAAGCAUCAGAUUAUGGGGUGCGUCUGCCAAUACUACGCUCCAGUCCAGAGGACCAGAUUCUGUACCAGACAGAACGCUACAAUGAAGACACUUUUGGAUAUGAUGUUCCUAUACGUGAGGAAGGAGACUAUAUACUAGUCUUGAAGUUUGCAGAGGUUUACUUUGCACAGUCACAGCAAAAGGUGUUUGAUGUCCGUCUAAAUGGUCAUGUGGUGGUGAAAGACCUGGAUAUCUUUGAUCGAGUGGGUCACAGUACUGCUCAUGAUGAGAUAGUGGCCUUCUCUAUUAGACGAGGCAAGCUGAGUGUGCAAGGAGAGGUGUCCACUUUCAACGGCAAGCUCACUGUGGAGUUUGUAAAGGGUUAUUAUGACAACCCCAAGAUCUGCGCUCUCUACGUUAUGAAGGGGACUUUAGAAGAUGUACCAAAACUUCAGCCUCACCCUGGCUUGGAGAAGCAUGAAGAAGAAGAAGAAGAAGAGGAAGAAAGCGAAGGAGGUGAAGAAGGUGGGAAGAAAAAGGUUGCAACCGGUUCUAAGUACAGGGUCCAGUCAGGCCCCCGAACACCAAACCCCUACGCAGCAGACAACAGCAGCCUAAUGUUUCCCAUCCUUGUUGCAUUUGGGGUGUUCAUCCCAACACUGUUUUGCCUCUGCCGGCUGUGAGCCAAAACUCACUGUGGGGGAGACAUCGGGAGGCUUAAGAUGGACGUGGUACUUUGAAGAGAGGGAAAGAAGGGAGAGGGGAGAUGAAGGCGGCGACAGCAGUACAGGUAAAAGCAUACACACAGGAGAGAGCCGAAGGAUUGGGGGAAAAUGAGGACAACGGAGGACAAAAGAGACGAUAACUUUUUGGAAAGCCACUGCCAGAUGAAGCAAACGCUGCUGUUGAAAGAAAAGGAGAUGUUGGAAGUGUAUUCUAUGCGCUUCUUUGAAUGUGUUUCACAUCCACCUCUGCUGACCCCAUUUGAACAAUGUUAGUCAUUUCCACUCAGAGGCUGGGCAGGAUUUACAGAAGCCAGUCUUCAUGGGUUGAAGCCACAUUUCCACAGAUAAGAGAUCCUCAGGAGUGAUUGUUCUGGGCCCAUUUUAUAAACUAAAGGCAUUGUUUUGUACUGGGUGUAGCAAGGAAGCACACUCUAUUAAACACUCCUGCUCA